AUGCAAAGCUUGCUACGAUCGCUUCGUAAUACCAAAAAAGCACCACUACUACGUAGCUUUCACAUAAGCUUGCCUCGACCCAAAGAUCCAAAUCUUCACAAAUUCUCCACACCUCUUUGGAAAUCCAUCACCGAUAAUGUCGGCUCGGAGGAGUUGAGCUCCUUCCAUAACAUGGUGCAGCCCAUUGUUCCAAGCGAUCAGUUUGUUUCAUGUACGACGUUUGAUGCUGGCGGCAACGUCACUGGUGUAUCGAAGAGGUACCCUAAAAUGACCUUUCUUAAAGAGAAUAACUUAUUUCCAAGAGAUCUCCGAAAGGUCGAUACAUCGGCCAUUGACGUCGUACCAUCGAUUAUGGUGAGGCCGGGAAAAGCCAUUAUUGUCAACUUGCUACACAUUAAGGCAAUCAUUCAGAAGGAUAACGUGAAAGUGUUCGACACUGCAGACCCGAAGUUGGCGUCCAAGUUGGGGAUCUUCAUGUAUGACUUGGAGAUGAAGCUCAAGGGACCCGGCACUACACCGUACGAAUUCAAAGCAUUGGAGAGUAUUUUAAUUUCGGUACUCAGCUAUCUCGAGGCAGAGCUUCACGCGCAAAAAGCAAGCUGUGGGUUAAUUUUGCUGGAACUUGAAGACCACAUAAGCAGAGAAAACGUUCAACAAUUGCUCAUCAAGCUGAAGACUCUUACAAGCUUUUUUCAAAGAGCAACGUUAAUAAGAGAUGUUCUUGAAACACUUCUUGAGAACGACGAGGACAUGACAGGAAUGUAUUUGACAACCCAACAGGAGUACUUUGCUCCCAGUGCCAAUAACCAACAGGAGAACCCUGUCAAUAACUUCUCCGAUGUGGAGAUGAUCCUUGAAACAUACUACACCCAUUGCGACGAGGUUGUCCAGCAGGCUGGCUCGUUGAUAUCCGACAUCAAAGCAACAGAGGAAAUUGCUGAUAUUAUUUUAGACGCUAAUAGAAACUCCUUAAUGUUGUUUGAAUUGAAGGUGACCAUCUAUACCUUGGGAUUUACGGUUGCAACAUUGGUACCGGCAUUUUACGGUAUGAACUUGAAGAACUAUAUGGAAGAAUCAAUCUAUGGAUUUGGUGCCGUUGUGGUUAUAUCUAUCAUACAAGGAAUUCUCUUCACCGCAUGGAAUUUCAAGCGGUUGCACAGAGUACAAAAACUCACCAUGAUGGACCACUCACCUGUGCAUCAAGUGAUCAAACCAACUUACUAUAAAUCAUGGUGGAUGAGGAAGAGGUGGUGGCGAAAAUUGAUGUUUGGUGACCAAACAAAAUAUCAUCGCCCUACGAAUAAGGAACGCGAUGUCAUAUGGAGAAUGUUGAGCGACGACAAACUCUCCAAAUAA